AUGGUGGACAGGAAGAGUGGAUUUGGAGCCAUCAGGGUUGCAGUCCGGGUGUUGACACCAGCAGCUGGCGGCUGUGACACAGUGAGUUCAAAGUGGGCGGGGCCUUUACAGGCUGUGGGAGUGUCCUUUUUAAUGCUGUCAGCGCACCGAGGCUCGAGAUGUUGACCCUGUAGAGUCUCCUGAGCAGCUGCAGACCCCCCUCUCAGAAUCCUGCAGACCUGAACACCGACAGGAUCCAGAAACCAGAGAAGGAAAUCUGCACAGACUCACUGAGAGGAUCUGCCUGA